CCUGACCGCGCUGCCAGGCUGCGCACGCCGAGAGAAGAGCCCUUUGCCGUGUUGUGUCAGGAAGAAAUGGAAGCUGGCAAUGCACGAAUUUGAUCAUUCAGAGAUCCGAACAGUUGAGUCUGUGAAUGGCGCCAAAACAGGACCCUAAACCUAAAUUUCAAGAAGGUGAAAGAGUUCUGUGUUUUCAUGGGCCAUUGCUUUACGAAGCAAAGGCAGUGAAAACCAAUAUCAAGGAGAAGCAAAUUAAGUACUUCAUUCAUUACAGUGGAUGGAACAAAAACUGGGAUGAAUGGGUUCCUGAAAGCAGAGUUCUCAAAUAUGUGGACAGCAACCUGCAGAAACAAAAAGAGCUUCAAAAGGCUAAUCAAAAUGCCGACGAUGACUCGAAGAUGGGAGAACAUAAAAAGCAUUAUGAUGUUGAGGGAAAGAUGAGGGGUGUAGCACCGAGCAAGAAGAUUGCUGCUGUGCAGCAGAAAAAUGUUGAUCUGAAAGCGAAAAAGACAAAACUAAAGACACCAGCGGCUGGAGAAGGUACCAGCACAGGAGAGAUGCCACAGCCACCACGGAAGAAGAGGGCUCGUUGCGACCCAACUGUGGAGAGUGAGGAGACGUUCAUCAACCGUGUGGAGGUCAAGGUGAAGAUUCCUGAGGAGCUGAAGCCGUGGCUGGUGGAUGACUGGGACCUUAUUACCAGACAGAAGCAGUUCCUGAAUUGGCUGCCGUCACUUCAAAUUGACCCCAACCCUGCUGUCUUACCAUGGUCAGAAGAUGACAACUAUUUAAUGCUUUUUCACCUGCCCGCGAGAAAGAAUGUGGAUAGUGUCUUGGAGGACUAUGCAAGCUAUAAGAAAUCAAGAGGAACUUCAGAAAGCAAGGAGUAUGCUGUGAACGAGGUGGUGGCAGGGAUCAGGGAGUACUUCAACGUCAUGCUGGGCACUCAGCUGCUCUAUAAGUUUGAGAGGCCCCAGUAUGCAGAGAUACUGGCGGAUCACCCCGACACACCCAUGUCCCAGGUCUACGGGGGCCCGCACCUGCUCCGGCUUUUUGUGAGAAUUGGCUCCAUGCUUGCCUACACUCCCCUGGAUGAGAAAAGCCUGGCUCUGCUGCUCAACUACCUGCAGGAUUUUCUCAAGUAUCUAAUGAAGAACUCCUCCCUCUUCAGUGCCAGCGACUACGAGGUGGCGCCCCCAGAGUACCAUAGGAAAGCCGUCUGAGAGGAAGGUGCGGGGGGCGAUCGACCCAUUCGGAAACACCAAGCCUCUUCCAGACUACAUGGAACCAUCUCAAACCCGUUUGAGUGGAAAGAUGGACUGGAUUUUUAGUUUUUUUCACUUGAACUAUUUCUGGAGGUUCCCUGGAGUCGGUCAUGUCUUUUGGAGCAGUGGUAGCUUUUAACGAUAUAAAGUGUUUGUCUUUCUUUCCCACCGGGUACGUAACACAAGCGAGACAGGCAUGUUUUUCCUCCCAAUACCGGGGACUUUUUACCAUGAACAGCUCUGUAAUGUUUCUGUGCAUUCCAUCAGAUCGGUUUUUCUGUCUCUGUUUUCACCUCAACGACUUUGCAUGUGUUGAAUUAUGGAUAUUUGAUGCCUAACCACAAUUUGUGCAAAGCAAUCGAGUUGAAAUGUCUUUGGUGGGAUACAUUAGCUGUGUAAUGGUUGGCUAUCAUUUUGUAAUAAAGAUGUUUCUACACAGGU